AAGCCAUGGAGGAGUGUGUGUUGAGGAGGAGGAGGAAGAAGAAGAGGGGGUCAGCCUGUAAUAAGCAUCACGACGAGGCAGGCUCACUGUAUUCCUUUCAUCCGUACUUGGUUGUCUUUCGUCGUCCGUUUAGCAAUCGACUGGCUCGCCAGCUUUUUUGUGGCGUGUGGAACGCUAGCUUUAGCUUUAGCUUUGCCGUCGUCCUGCCAUUUCUUUUUGUUGUUGUUGUUGUUGUUGUUGUUGUUGUGGUGGGGGAGAAAAGUUUUGAAAUGAAGAGUGAACAGCAGCUAAGUCGAUGGCGACCAACCAAGAAGACGCGUUGAACAUGUCCGAGUCGUAGUUGAGGUGCUUAGCUGUGUGACGACGCGAAUAUGGCUCAGGUGGUGGAAUUUAAAAGGCAGCUGUCACUAUAGCCCAGCUCGCCAGUUUGACAAAAGAGACUGUCGCUUCAACAAAGCUAUUUGGCCGACCAUCACCUCCAUUCCCUCCCGAGCGAGACACGGCUUUUAGUAGUGGCGCUCGCAGGUGUCUUUUUGAACAAAAUGGCAGAGUACAGUAGCAUGCUAACAAAGCGACGCUUUGUUGCGGGAUAGGGCCAAGCCAGCCCCAGCGAGGCUGCGCCGCAAAGGGGCUUGUUCACGCCGAGCUUAUAGUAGAUUCUUGAGGAGCUGCUGUUUGCUGUCGAAAGAGGACUGAGGGCAGAAGACCCAUCAAGCCUGAUGACACUGGACAACAUGAAGCCCGAGAGAGAUGCAACAGAGGAGUUUUUCGAGUACGACACAGAGGAGUUCCUGGUGUUCCUGACCCUGCUCAUCACUGAGGGACGGACACCGGAAUAUUCGGUGAAGGGCAGGACCGAGGGGCUGCACUGUCCACCUGCCCAGUCAGCUAUGCCCCCUCUUCACAAGCAUGAAUGCAGCGAUAAACUGCCACAGUGUCGUCAGGCGCGUCGGACCCGUUCAGAGGUGAUCCUGCUCUGGAGGAACAGCAUCCCCAUCAUGAUCGAGGUCAUGCUCCUGCCCGACUGUUGCUAUGGUGACGAGUGCCCACCGAGUGACCCCAUCAGUGACCCAGUCAUCAAACAAGAUGCACUGCUGCUGGAGAGAUGGACCUUGCAGCCGGUUCCAAGGCAAAGCGGUGACCGUUUCAUUGAGGAGAAGACGUUGCUGUUGGCCGUGCGCUCGUACGUUUUCUUCUCACAGCUCAGCGCCUGGCUCAGUGCCUCCCAUGGCAUCGUCCCCAGAAACAUCCUGUACAGAAUAAGUGCUGCCGAUGAGGACUUGGUGUGGAAGUUCUCACAGCCACCAUCCGAACACAUAUUCCCCGUCCCCAAUGUGUCCCAGAGUGUUGCGCUGCAAGUCCGUGUCCAGUCGCUGCCCCGCCAGCCCACCUAUCCCACCUUGGCCUGCAGCAUCCACACUGGCCUGCCCCCGCUCUACAGCAAGACCCCCAGCCUCAACCCAAACUUCAAUAGCCCUGGUGGCCAGCCCACCCUCCUAAAAAUUCAGGAGCCCAACAAAGACAGCCUCCUCCGCAGCUCCAACAUAUACAGCAAGAGCUCCAGCUCUGUGUCAGGCCGCCUUAUCAACGGAAUGCCCAUCCCCAAUCUUCCCAUCAACAACAUUCCCAUCAACAGCCUUCCACACACAGCCACGCCACCCCCCUUCAGCAAGAAAAAACAGGACCCCAGUGAAAAACAUACAUAUCAGAACGGAGAGCUCCCGCAGGUCAACAUCCCCCAAAGUCAGGACUCCCCACUGUUCCGCCGAUCCUCACGCUCACCCACAUCCUCACGCUCCCAUUCCCCUUCCCCACUCCCAGGGAAGUGGCUCUACUCGUCCCUCAAUGGCUCAUCGGACCCCCAGCCAUUGGAAGAUUAUGGGUGCGGCACCAACAGUGGCGACAGGCCAAAAGCACCACUCCCCGAGCCGCUCCGAGCCUUUAAGAGUUUGUCAUUGGCUGAGCCUGCUCGCUGCCCCACACCCCGGUCCGCGGCGAACGAAACCAACCCGCUCAUCGGCUCACUGUUACAGGAGAGACAGGAAGUUAUAGCCCGCAUCGCACAGAGGCUCAACUUCUGCGAUCCCACAGCGCCGCCGCUUCCCCCGGCCCUUUUUGCCACGGACAACUCUCCCAAAGCCACGUGGGGCAGUAGCCAUGACGACAUAGCCGCCAGUAAGACCAAAGAGCCAGCGGUACCGCCCUAUGAGUGUGUGGGACAUGCUUGGCCCACCCCUUUUCACACACCCACCACCGGCACAUCUUUCCACAAGCGGGAGACCUCCCCAAAGCCUGCAGUCUGCAGGAAGCUGAACCUGACCGAGACGAGAGAUGGGAGCAUAGAGAGGGAGCGAGAGAAAAGCAGCGAGGAGCGAGACGGCUCCCUCAUUGCUCAGGCAGUGCACGACAUUACUCGACUCAUCCAGGAAAGACUGUCUGUCCCCUCGCUGUCGCCCAGCCACAGCAGGUGCGGCAGCCCUCUACACCACACGCACACAACAACAGUCACGCAAACAAUACGCACAUACUCGCACCCUACACACGUCCCACACACCUCACACGACAGCUACACUAAUGGCCACAUUCACAGCCACGAACCUAACAGGGGCCUUCAUGCCGCUGCCCCAUACACGCCUCUUUGCACAAACAAAUCUCGGCUCGACCCGGGGACCAAUUGCCAUUCUCCUCGGGCCCAAAAUGGUGCCCAAUAUACACUUGAAGAACCUUCACUCAGUGGCCAGCUGCAUGCUGGUCCACGUUUACGAACUCCCACCCAGGAAAAGCUCACAAUCAACACAACCAGCAGUCAUAUUUUCCCUCCCUCCUCGGAGAACGGGCCUGGAAGUGCCCUGCCCUCCAGUCAGACCUGCAAGGGAUCCACCUUCAACUGCAACACAAUCCAAAACCACAGCAAGCCUCAGUCACCCACACGGGCUGAUGCUUCAGCCCAGGAUGAGAACCAAACACCUAGACAGUCUACAGAACUGUCUUCCCCUCCUACUGUCCUGCGAACUCAUGGACCCUGUCCCUUGGGGCCCUGCAACGGCUGGAGGAAGCAGAAUCGCCACUCGUUAGACGCCACGGCAACCAAGGCCUUCCAUCCCUGCACGGGCCUGCCCCUGCUCUCCAGCCCUGUUCCACAGAGGAAAAACCAAUCUGGCUACUUUGACCUGGACACCUCUCUGAUUGGCUAUAAAGGCUUACCCUGGGCCUCUGGGAAAAGGGUGUGCCGUAAGGGAGACGAGUACACAGAUGACUCUCCGCAGCUGUUCAGUGCAAGUGCUCCACCUGCCAGUCUCAGUCUACUUGGAAACUUUGAGGAGUGUGUGUUGAACUACCGUCUGGAGCCUUUAGGGACGGUGGAGGGUUUCACGGCCGAAGUUGGCGCCAGUGGGUCCUUCUGCCCCAGUCACCUGACCUUACCCGUGGACGUGUCAUUCUAUAGCGUCUCAGAUGACAACGCCCCCUCACCUUAUAUGGGUGUCAUCAACCUGGAGUCCCUGGGGAAAAGGGGCUACCGAGUACCUCCAUCAGGAACCAUUCAAGUGACCUUAUUCAACCCGAACAAGACGGUGGUAAAGAUGUUUGUGGUGAUGUACGACCUACAAGCCAUGCCAGCUGGAAACCAGACCUUCCUACGCCAGAGGACAUUCUCCGUCCCUGUCAGGCGAGACUCGAACCAUCAGAUCAACAGGAAACCCCUCCCUUUGGGCCAGACACGCACUCUGCGCUACCUCGUUCAUCUGAGGUUCCAGAGCUCCAAGUCUGGGAAGAUCUACCUCCACAGGGACAUCCGUCUUCUGUUUUCUAGGAAGUCCAUGGAGGUGGACAGCGGUGCUGCCUACGAGCUACAGUCAUUCACCGAGUCCCCCAUCGACCCGCCAUUCUCGCCCCGUUGCUGACUCGCGACUAACUCCCUGAACCCCUCACCCGUCCUCCCUCCUCUGCCUGCCAGGCCAUACCCGCACCUCCAUGUCAGUCAUGAGUCUUUGUGUCAGCCUGUGACUUGUAUUGGAAAGAAAUAGAUGGACAGCAGAUGAUGGAGUGCACCCCUGUGUGGGACGCUUGUUAGAAUGGAAUUCUCUGUUGACGUGCAUGAACUUUGUUCUGACUCACAGCUGGAGUGUGCAGGGUUUUGAGGUCAUGCUAUAAAAUGCCUUACAAGAUUUAAAAGGUAAUUAUUGAGUUUUGUGUAUUCCUCCCCACCUGCUCCUGCAUCAGGCAGGAGAGUUGAAACCAAUGAUUGUCCACAGGACCAGUUGGACUCUCAACUCUACGCAGUUUGUGCUCCAGUCCCCAAACUAGAAUGUUGAUUUGGACCUCAUUGUGACUUAAUGAAUACAUGUUGAAUCUCAGUUACUUGACAAAUGCAAUACUUGGCCUUUUGAAUGAGGGAAAAAAAUCUAGGCUUUUUGGCUUGAAGCUUGUUUGACAGUAAAUUAAGCCUAAUUUUGAUUCAAUAGCCCCUUUUGCCUUGCCUGUAUAAGCCGGCAUUUUUCUGCCUUUUAUUUAAUGUCCCACUUCACUGGGGUUUGUGUAAAAGGUGGUUAGAUGCCUUCUGUUAUGAUUCUGAUGCAACAUUUUUUUAGAAUCUCUGUAAAAGAGGCUAAUGCUUGCCAAACUUGGAACGGCAGCGGCUGCGUCGCGUAUUAGAGGAAGUGGGUUGGAGUGGAGCCCCCCCCCCCCCCACCCACACACACACCCAUCGUCACUUCCUAUACCCCACCCCACCUCAAAAAAGGACCACCGAAGAAGUCCACCAUGCAAUCACAAUGAAUUCAAGUGAACUCAUCAUGGCAGAAAUCUUCAGAAAUGCACUGUGGAUUUAUUUAUUUUUUUCCCUUGUCCAAACUGAAAAAAGAAAGCGAAAAAUAAUUGUCAUACUUCUUUUUGUACUGUUACAAAAACCAAUUUAUUGGAAGUGUUGCAAUAGAAUAAGAGUAACCUUAGUUUUAAGUGUUUACUUUCAGUUUACCUAACCAUCCUGUUUAUUUAAUAUUUAAAUUAAUAUUUCAGUUGUUAUUUGUGAUGUCUGUCAUGCCAAGAUGGUUUAGUGUAAACUGUAUAUCAUAGUAUUUUUGACAUUAAUAUUCAAAUCUGAAAAAAAUAUAUCUAUCUUC